CUCUCGUUCAACUUAGGGUUUUCAUUUUUAGGGCGUAAUAUUUGCAACUUCAUCAGCAACGGCCUACAAUGGGGAGAAGACCUGCAAGAUGUUAUCGUCAGAUUAAAAACAAGCCGUAUCCAAAAUCAAGGUAUUGCCGUGGUGUUCCUGACCCCAAGAUCAGGAUCUACGAUGUUGGGAUGAAGAGGAAAGGAGUUGAUGAGUUCCCUUUCUGUGUUCAUUUGGUGAGUUGGGAGAAAGAAAAUGUCUCGAGUGAGGCAUUGGAAGCUGCCCGUAUUGCCUGCAACAAGUACAUGACCAAAUUUGCAGGAAAGGAUGCCUUCCAUCUUCGAGUUAGAGUUCACCCAUUCCAUGUUCUGCGUAUUAACAAGAUGCUUUCAUGUGCCGGAGCUGAUAGGCUCCAGACUGGAAUGAGGGGAGCGUUUGGAAAGCCACAGGGAACUUGUGCUAGAGUGAGCAUUGGUCAGGUUCUCUUAUCUGUGCGCUGCAAGGACUCUAAUGGAAACCAUGCUCAGGAAGCUCUUCGCCGAGCCAAGUUCAAGUUCCCAGGCAGACAGAAGAUCAUUGUCAGCAGAAAAUGGGGAUUUACCAAGUUCAGCCGCACCGACUAUUUGAAGUGGAAGGAAGAAGGAAGGAUUGUGUCUGAUGGAGUCAAUGCCAAGCUUCUUGGGUGCCAUGGACCGCUUGCUAGGAGAGAGCCAGGGCAAGCUUUUUUGCAGGCAUCUGAGGCUGCAUAGUCUCUCUCACUAAAUCUUGCUGCAGUUUCUCUGUUGUUGGAGCCUGAGACAUUUACCAUUAAAGAUGGAUAAAUUUUGGUGUUAUCUGCAAGACUCAUUGGCUCCGAUUCGUGGGUUUAUGUUUGAUUCGAUAACUAUUUUGGUUUGUUUUCUAAUUGACAUUGUAUUACACUAUGAAGGUUUUAAAUUUAUUAGGUGGAGCUCUCUAUUGUGUGGAAAA